AGAACCCGGCUGGAUUCUGCAGUUGUGUUUGUUUUGGAGCAGAUCUGGCUGCCAUGGAGGUCCGGUGGGUUGAACCCCUGAGGCUGGGCCCUCCGCACACGUCCGUCUGCCUGAUGUUCUCUCUGCUGCUUGGUGUGUGGUCUGUUCAGGCUCUCGAGAUGCUUGUAGGAAAGAUUCCUUUCCUGGAGGCAGUGAACGGCAGCACAGUCAUGUUGCCUUGCACAUAUUUUAGCUGUAUCGGCAUCGAAGACCUCUACUUCAGCUGGCAAUACAACGACAACGGAACCAUGCAGAAGGUGUGUGAUUCAGUGAUAGCAUCAGAGGACGCGGAGCCACAUGUAAAUAUAUAUCGAGAGCGGGUGGAGUUUGUGGGGAAGAACCAUGACAAAAACGUCUCCAUCUUGCUGUGGAACAUCACCUUCGAGGACGGAGGCCAGUACACAUGUUUUGGACGGAACCGCAAGGAGAAGGGCAGGAACCACAGCGCCAUCUUUAACCUCAUCGUGGUGGACAAGUUGAGGGUGGUGGACAACACGCUGAGCAUCAUCAUAGCCUCGUGUGUGGGCGGAGCCAUCGCAGCGUUAAUGGGCUUCAUGCUGCUCAAGAACUUCACUCUCUAUGUUCUUUCAAAGCUUGAGGAGAAAAAUAAGGAGUGCCUUGUAACUUCAUCAGGGAUCGACAACACAGAAAAUGGCCUCUCAGGAUCCAAAGCUGAUUCAAAGCCAACACCAAAAAAGAAAUGAGAAAGUGCAUGUAUGUAAAACCAUAUCAGUACUCACAUUUAUGUACUUUCUUUGCAUAUAUGAUGCACACGUGUUUGCACACAAGCAGAUUCAUUAUGUUCAACUUGGGAUCCUAAAAACUGCCUGGCUGUGGCCUCCAAAGGGGAAUCUAUACUUGUGCACAGUAUACAUGUGCACGGAAUAGUGACUGUGCAGAUGAUAUGCAACUGAAGAAUGUGCAAAUCACAUAAUUAUUUAAAAUGUGCUCACAAUUUAAUAAUUUUCUUUUUUAAGGGUAAUUGCACCUACAAGUGAUUCUUCAGCUUGACUUAUUCAUGAUUAGUGUCUUAAUCUUAUAAUAUUUACAUCCCAACUCCCAUCUGGUCUCCCAUAUAUCAACCUCCUUUGCCCACAUUGUUCAUCACAUUAACAGAGAAAAAAUGAAGGUUUUAUCUUGAUAUGAAGUAACAGCAUUGAAGGAAAUACAACCUUAAAGGUGAUAUCACAACAGGAAGGAAGAAAGCAUGACUCUCUCAAAUAAAAAAGAAAUAGUCUUGACCCGGUGAGGUUUGAUUUAACUGGUUGAUUCCACACAGUUUCAGCAGGCUCUAUAGAUAUUACUUUAAAAAGCAUCUUGGAGCCCUUUAAGAAAGAAUUCGUUUAAAAUGCAGAGUAGUGCAAUGAUCUUCCUAUCUGCAACAUCGGGGGAGGUAGAAGGGACAUACAUUUUUUUUUUGUAAACACUAGGAAAAAAUCAAGAAUAAGGGGAAGUUAUCCAAGGUUGCUUUGUAAUUGGGCACCUCUA